AUGUUAAAUCAUCCAUUUGAAGCUGUAAAAAUAUAUCUUAAAAUGAAUGUGGUAGUUCAUCUUAAGACAGGUGAGAAAUAUAAAGGCAACUUAAAUAGUUUUGAUGAACACUUAAAUGUCAUACUGGAGAAUGAUGACAAGUUGAAUUUCAUACGAGGAGAGAAUAUUCUAUGUGUAGGACGUGAGUAA